AUGCCUCCAACACGAAUGACUUGACCCUUAGCUGGAGCUGACAUGUCUUCAUGUGACUGCUCCACUGGUUGGCAGCAGCCAUGUCUUGCAUCUCCUUCUAGGUUAGAGAGAAAUUGUGUGUGAUUAGCAGGCGGCUGGAUUAGGCGGAUUCCACAGACGGACAGAACUCAACUCGCCAUCUUCUGAGCGAAUUCGGACCCAGCGUCCCAGCCAAUCCGAGCAGGAGUAGGCACGCGUUGAAGCCGCGGUCACCCAUGGAAACCCAUGAGCCUUCUGGUCAUCGUCUCGGCGACUGGGUUCAUGGAGGGCAGCAGCACGUCGUCUCCUGGAGCGAUAUCAUUAGUGGGAUAGGCCAUAGCCUUUUCAUCAAAUGCCUCCUACGGCUGUCCAGGUCAGACUAUGGCUCCGUGGCAUGCUUGAACCGCGACUUCAAUUCGCUGGUCCGCAGUGGGGAGAUCUAUCGCUUGCGUCGCAACAAUGGCGUAGCGGAGUACUGGCUCUACUUCUCCUGCAACCCUCUGCAGUGGGAUGCUUACGACCCGCACCGUGGGCGCUGGAUUCAAGUGCCCAAGAUACCACCAGACGAAUUCUUCAUGUGCUCUUACAAGGAGUCCCUUGCUGUCGGAACCGAGCUGUUGGUGCUUGGGAUGGCACACAUUGUGUACAGAUAUAGCAUCCUAACCAAUUCAUGGACAAGGGCUGAUCCGAUGAACUCGCCGCGGUGCCUGUUCGGAUCGACAAAUGUCGGUGAAAAGGCAUAUGUUGCGCGCGCGCGCGGGGGGGGGGGGGGGGGGGGGGGGGGGGGGCAGCGAUUCUUCUGGAAGAAUACUGAGAUGUAUGACUCGGAGACACAUACUUGGACACCCCUUCCUUGCAUGAAUAAGGCUAGGAAGUUGUGUUCUGGCACAUUCAUGGAUGGAAAGUUCUACGUGAUUGGUGGUGUUACCAACAACAACAAGGUGUUGGCAUGUGGUGAGGAAUAUGACUUGGAGCGGCGGUCUUGGAGGGUCAUCGACAACAUGUCCGAGGGCCUCUAUGGAGUGGCCGGUGCUCCUCCACUUAUUGCCGCUGUCAACAAUCAGCUUUAUGCAGCUGAUUACAGUGACAAGGAUGUGAAGAGGUAUGACAAGCUGAAUAAUAGGUGGAUCACUCUUGGAAAAUUGCCUGAACAAUGCGUGUCAAACGAUUCUUGGGGCAUUGCUUUCAGAGCCUGUGGUGACCGGCUGAUUGUCAUUGGAGGUCCUAGGACUUAUACUGGUGGGACGAUUGAGAUUCAUUCAUGGAUCCCAGAUCAGCAAACGCCUCGGUGGAAUUUGGUUGCUAAACGGUCAUCCAAGAGCUUCGUUUAUAACUUGGCCGUGAUGGGUUGCUGAGUCCGCUGAAUAAAGAUCGAAUGCGGUGGACAUUUAUGAAUAAAGUUUAUCCUCUGACCUUCUUGAAUAUUUGUGUUAUUAGCUUUAAUUCUGGUCGAGUUGCUAAUAAUAUUUGUGUUACGUUUUUUUACUGCUUAUGUGUAAUGUGAUACAAGUUGGUCCUCUUGAUCUUGCUUGUUAUUGUUUCAGCUUUAAGUCGAUGGUCAACUUGUGUGUUCGAUUUCCAUGAACUGAUACUUCUGUUAGUCUAUCUUUGGGGUGGCGUUUGUCUGUUUGAGUGCUUUUCUUUU